CUAUAUGUCGUUUAUACGAUACUAAGGCUUUUGAUUUUAAUUAUAGGAAGUCCUUAAAAAUUAAUAACUAUUCAUUGCUAGCAGUUUAAACCGACGUGAGAAGUUCGUAAAUAAAUACAAAUUUAUCUGUUUUAUAAACAUUGUCAAAUUGAGAUAAGAUGAGUAAGAAACAGACACCAAGUGAAUUUUUGAAAAAGAUCAUUGGAAGACCAGUUGUAGUGAAGCUUAACUCUGGUGUAGAUUACAGAGGGGUGUUAGCAUGUUUGGAUGGUUAUAUGAAUAUUGCCCUUGAACAAACAGAAGAGUAUGUAAAUGGACAGCUUAAAAACAAAUAUGGAGAUGCAUUUAUUAGAGGCAAUAAUGUGCUUUACAUUUCAACACAAAAGAGAAGAGGGUGACAGGGGAACUAGAAACUGAAGAAACUUUGACAUAAUAAUUUACAAUGAAGAGUAUAUAAAAUAAAGAAAACAGUAAUGAAGCUGCAGAAUAUGAUAAUAGAUUAAUUCUGGACCAGUGAUAAAACACAUUUACUGGAUUAUUUGCCUUCAUUUCUUUUGAUUUAGGCUAAAGUGAAAAAUCUCUAUGGAUAUUGUGUAAGUUUGAACUCUAUUUUUGUGAGUGCAUUGUAAUAAAGCAUAUUAUGUUCUACUUGUAACACCUGCAAGUGUAGAUUG